ACGUGCAUGCAGGACUGAAGCAAAAGCGCUAUAGCAGAUUGAGAGAGCUGGGGUGAUCGGAGCAAAGUACGGGAUCAGUAAACCCACUCCUUGGGUAGCAUGGCGCUGGAAAUCGGACGGCGUAUUCCGGAGGUGCUCAGAGUGGAACUUGAUCCAGAUAUCUUCCUGCCUUGGCCGCCAGCAGGUCCCACCCUGAUCAAGUUUGUCAAGCCUAACGUCUGGGAAGCUCAGAGGAGUACCGCGCAACCUGCCAUACCGAUCGACACUAUUGCCAUGGCGGACAUCCUGACUGCGAUGCCACAAAUUACGACCAUCACUGGGGUCUUACUUACGGUGGAAUAUGAAGGAGUGGCGGUAGGGGAGGUGAGGGGGUUUGACACUCGAUCGGAGGAUGGAGGGAUUAACUGUGACAUGAGGCUGAGGGGAGUUUCUGGGGAUGAUGCAUUCCCCGGAAAGCAGACUGGGCUACUUUGGCCGGUGAUAAGGGCGACUAUGAAGGAUGUAGCUUCAUCAAUAGCUGCUACGCUGGACUAUGGCGGGGAUUCUGGAGGUAGCUGCUUCUAUGGAUUUGGUGGACUAUUUGGCCCGGGAUCGGACUUCUGGGGAAGGAUUGUGAGGAUCGGAGAUGCUCUGUACGCGGAGCCGGAACCAUGUGCACCAGGCACUGACGGAACUCUGGCGAUAAUUGGUGCGAACACCGCAACUGUUCAAAGCGAUGGUGGAACGGUGGGAGGAAGCGGGAUGGGUCAACCGCUCAGAACUAUCCUGCACUUUGGCCUCAACCAUGUUCUCGCCGCUAGGUUAGAGAUCGAGGUAGCAGCGAGGGAGAUUCUGAAAGCUUUUGAUGAAAUAAUGACGCUAUAUAGCAAGGAGUAUGAGCUCCGGGAGGAAGAUUUGUGCAAAGGUAGAGCAGGAAUUAAGCGAUACUGCUUUAGUAGAUUUGUGGAGUAUAGAAGGAGGUACAGUGAGGCAGGAGUCAUUGACCUCAGUGCGCAUUACCUCUCCCAUGAGAUCUCAUAUAUCACGGAUUAUUUCUUUGUUGCCAGUAUGGAUAAAGCUGCAAAUACUCCAGUAAUCAUGUGUAAAGAUCUUGUAAGACAGGUAGCAUUUGAGAGACUGUCUGGACCAGAUUUCGAGAAACUCGAGCAUAAGCUAGAGACGAUAAUCGGAAUUAUAAGCAAUAGCAAUACAUCUGAUUACCCUCUGGGGCCGAAGAAGGUCCCAUACCUCAUGGCAAACUUCAAAAGCCACAAGAGCACUCUAAGAUGGAUCACUAAUGCAGACCAGUGUGUGUUCUCCCCUGUUGCCUCCUUAUGUGCUGGUGCUCUGAAAUUGAUCAGUGAGGAGGUCCAGAAAUACUGUAAAGAAAUGUCCCGAACGAUUAGAGAUCUGCACGAGGUCGAUGCGAACCUAUGGUGGCCCAUAGACUCCAUCAAUGAAUAUGUUUUAAGCCUACCUGAGACGAUCUUUACGUAUUUCUCAACGGAUAUUAGCCGAUGCUUUGAAACGAUCCCAACGGAUAACUCAAAGCAUGGGUUGAUCUCGAAACUCUCAUUUGCGAUCAAGAAAGGUUUUGCAUACAGAUUGAAAACAGAAAAGGAUAAGUACAUCAGGAUUACCACAACAAACGAUGGUAAAACUAAGUAUGGAUGGACGAAUUCGAAUGUCGAAAAGCCGGGUGAAAGAACGAUUGAACUAAAACAGCUCAUUGAAAUGAACCAAUGGCUGGCAGACAGGAACUACAUUCAAUUUGGAGGGGGAAUCUGGAGGCAGAAGAAUGGCAUCCCUAUGGGGCUGCCUUGUUCACCUAUCUGGUGCAACUUGUACUUCUUUCGAUAUGAAUUCGAAAGCAUAAUCAGACUGCUGAGAUCUGGGAACAAACACCUAGUCGCACUUUUCGUACAUACAUUCAGAUAUAUGGAUGAUUUGAAUUCCAUCAAUAAUACCAGCAUUCGGGAGUUUCUUAUGGAAAAUCACCUCCUCAACGAGGAGGAUCCCAUCUGCCUGUACCCCUCUGAAUUCAUCGAGAUCAAAGAACAAAACAUCGAUGACAAAACUAGCACAUUCCUGAACCUGAAACUAAGAAUCGAGACGCCGGAAGGGGGAUACAACACGGAGAAAUUCGACAAGGUGGAAGAGAUGGGAUUGGAAGUGAAUAGGUACAUCAGAUUUGACUCCAACAGACCAAUUAAGCAGUCGCUAUCGAUCAUUCUCGGACAAGUGGCAGCUGCGCUUAUUGUCUCAUCAAACCCCACCACAGCUGCACGGGACGUUAAAAGAAUUGUGGACAGAAUGAGUCGGGAUGGGUUUAAUGAGAAAAGGUGCUGGGGAAUGGAAGCCCAGUAUGGCGGGAACGUGGCCGGCGGAUGGUGGGCCGAGACCGUCGAUAGGAAUCCGUUUCUCGCGGACUUGCAACCGUACUCGAAACCUACCCAGUCCCUUAGCAACGUUAUUCACCCUUCGGUGAUGACCUUGAUUGGCCAAAAGGUCACAGAGGGUCUAUUCCCUCUCAUCACGGAAACCCUCAUCUUCAAUGACUGGGCUGACCUUGCCUGGUCUUACGAACACGAGAGGCACCGCGUGGAUCUGAUUUUGAAUGGCCACUUAGCUAAAGCGGAUGAGAGGAAGCGGAACUUGGCCAAGGAAAGUGCGGGAAUACUGGAGAGGACCACUAGAUUGGAGGAAACCCUCAAGAAGAUUUGGGAGGUUUGGGAGGAUCCUGAGGUAGAAGAUGCAAGGACUGGAGGGGAUGGGUAUGAUCAGGCACUCAUGGGGAUAAUGGGGGAAGAAGAGGAGGAACUCAGGCGGCUCUUGGAUAUCCAGCCCGCGCCCCCCCCUCCACCAGAAGGGGUUGGGCAUGGAGCAAGCCAGAACAGGAGUAACGGGUUUGUCCCCAUUGGCUCUGCACAGAGGCUUGAGGGUAAGGUGAGGCGACAACAGGAUAGAGGAUCGGUGGGGAGUGGCUUUAAUGACCUGGCUCCGAUCAAUAUCAAAGGUUGGAAAUUCCUAGCUGACCUAUCGAAAAACGAGGUUGAGGAAUGUCGGAGGAAGGCAUUAACAGGAACACUGGGCUAUGCUAACGCUACCCCACACUUUGGCGGUAAACUCACCUUCCCCACCCUGAGUGUGCUUGACCCUACCAAAUGUGUGUUUGCCAACCCAGUGGUUAUGCAAAAGAUGAUCCCAUCAUCUCUUAGCCUGGACCUGAGGAACCUCUGCAGGGUGUGGAACGCGGGUCGCCCGUACCUCAAGUGCAGAUGCGGAUACAGGAACUCCUGCACUUGUAACAGUGUACCUAUCUGGUUUGAUCAAGCGGUUUGGUACCUAAUGGCAAAACCUGAGAUCAUGAAACCGGAGGCGGGAUCGAACCGGGUGAGGAUUGCGUUUCUCCUCCACCACCUACGCAAUUCCUGGAGGGAACUAGCUAAAGCCUCUGUUACAUUUAUCUGGAUAAGAGAGAUGAUGCUCACUGUGUUGCGCAACCUUGAGCGCAAUCCUGAGCUCAUGACAACCGACGCUCUUGCGGGCAGCACUUUCAAAACACAUGCCUGCCCCAGGAUCCUGGCCAACCUGAUCCUUCCUACACGGAUCACUCCGGGACUCCCUGCCCCGGAAAUGUCGAACCCGAAGAAGAAGAAGAACAGCAUGGCGCUGGAAAUCGGACGGCGUAUUCCGGAGGUGCUCAGAGUGGAACUUGAUCCAGAUAUCUUCCUGCCUUGGCCGCCAGCAGGUCCCACCCUGAUCAAGUUUGUCAAGCCUAACGUCUGGGAAGCUCAGAGGAGUACCGCGCAACCUGCCAUACCGAUCGACACUAUUGCCAUGGCGGACAUCCUGACUGCGAUGCCACAAAUUACGACCAUCACUGGGGUCUUACUUACGGUGGAAUAUGAAGGAGUGGCGGUAGGGGAGGUGAGGGGGUUUGACACUCGAUCGGAGGAUGGAGGGAUUAACUGUGACAUGAGGCUGAGGGGAGUUUCUGGGGAUGAUGCAUUCCCCGGAAAGCAGACUGGGCUACUUUGGCCGGUGAUAAGGGCGACUAUGAAGGAUGUAGCUUCAUCAAUAGCUGCUACGCUGGACUAUGGCGGGGAUUCUGGAGGUAGCUGCUUCUAUGGAUUUGGUGGACUAUUUGGCCCGGGAUCGGACUUCUGGGGAAGGAUUGUGAGGAUCGGAGAUGCUCUGUACGCGGAGCCGGAACCAUGUGCACCAGGCACUGACGGAACUCUGGCGAUAAUUGGUGCGAACACCGCAACUGUUCAAAGCGAUGGUGGAACGGUGGGAGGAAGCGGGAUGGGUCAACCGCUCAGAACUAUCCUGCACUUUGGCCUCAACCAUGUUCUCGCCGCUAGGUUAGAGAUCGAGGUAGCAGCGAGGGAGAUUCUGAAAGCUUUUGAUGAAAUAAUGACGCUAUAUAGCAAGGAGUAUGAGCUCCGGGAGGAAGAUUUGUGCAAAGGUAGAGCAGGAAUUAAGCGAUACUGCUUUAGUAGAUUUGUGGAGUAUAGAAGGAGGUACAGUGAGGCAGGAGUCAUUGACCUCAGUGCGCAUUACCUCUCCCAUGAGAUCUCAUAUAUCACGGAUUAUUUCUUUGUUGCCAGUAUGGAUAAAGCUGCAAAUACUCCAGUAAUCAUGUGUAAAGAUCUUGUAAGACAGGUAGCAUUUGAGAGACUGUCUGGACCAGAUUUCGAGAAACUCGAGCAUAAGCUAGAGACGAUAAUCGGAAUUAUAAGCAAUAGCAAUACAUCUGAUUACCCUCUGGGGCCGAAGAAGGUCCCAUACCUCAUGGCAAACUUCAAAAGCCACAAGAGCACUCUAAGAUGGAUCACUAAUGCAGACCAGUGUGUGUUCUCCCCUGUUGCCUCCUUAUGUGCUGGUGCUCUGAAAUUGAUCAGUGAGGAGGUCCAGAAAUACUGUAAAGAAAUGUCCCGAACGAUUAGAGAUCUGCACGAGGUCGAUGCGAACCUAUGGUGGCCCAUAGACUCCAUCAAUGAAUAUGUUUUAAGCCUACCUGAGACGAUCUUUACGUAUUUCUCAACGGAUAUUAGCCGAUGCUUUGAAACGAUCCCAACGGAUAACUCAAAGCAUGGGUUGAUCUCGAAACUCUCAUUUGCGAUCAAGAAAGGUUUUGCAUACAGAUUGAAAACAGAAAAGGAUAAGUACAUCAGGAUUACCACAACAAACGAUGGUAAAACUAAGUAUGGAUGGACGAAUUCGAAUGUCGAAAAGCCGGGUGAAAGAACGAUUGAACUAAAACAGCUCAUUGAAAUGAACCAAUGGCUGGCAGACAGGAACUACAUUCAAUUUGGAGGGGGAAUCUGGAGGCAGAAGAAUGGCAUCCCUAUGGGGCUGCCUUGUUCACCUAUCUGGUGCAACUUGUACUUCUUUCGAUAUGAAUUCGAAAGCAUAAUCAGACUGCUGAGAUCUGGGAACAAACACCUAGUCGCACUUUUCGUACAUACAUUCAGAUAUAUGGAUGAUUUGAAUUCCAUCAAUAAUACCAGCAUUCGGGAGUUUCUUAUGGAAAAUCACCUCCUCAACGAGGAGGAUCCCAUCUGCCUGUACCCCUCUGAAUUCAUCGAGAUCAAAGAACAAAACAUCGAUGACAAAACUAGCACAUUCCUGAACCUGAAACUAAGAAUCGAGACGCCGGAAGGGGGAUACAACACGGAGAAAUUCGACAAGGUGGAAGAGAUGGGAUUGGAAGUGAAUAGGUACAUCAGAUUUGACUCCAACAGACCAAUUAAGCAGUCGCUAUCGAUCAUUCUCGGACAAGUGGCAGCUGCGCUUAUUGUCUCAUCAAACCCCACCACAGCUGCACGGGACGUUAAAAGAAUUGUGGACAGAAUGAGUCGGGAUGGGUUUAAUGAGAAAAGGUGCUGGGGAAUGGUGAGGAGGGUGUUGAGGAACCCUGAACGAUACCAGCCAUUCGGAUGUGCGACGGACGAAGUUUACCGCAUUCUUCGAUCCUCAUUCGGAAUGAAUUACUAACCCCUGUUGUGCUAUGUAAUUGCAGUGUGCCGUGUAUCUGUCUGUGUGUGAUGUGACCCUGGAUCCUCUACAAGACGGACCAGGGUGGUAUCUGCGAGGAACAUGUAUGGGACAGGUACCCUUGCAGGUACCUGUCCCAACCAGGAACCCCCUUCGCAGGGGACAGUGGGAGGGACACACACACACACACAUAUACUCAGGAAUUGAAGGGACCACCCCUCGGAGGGAGCAGCGACGGGAAGAGGGCUCGGAAGAGAGCCCCGGGAGUAUGCGGACCCGGGUAAGAUUACAAACGGGCCUCGAACAGAAUAAUACCCCGGUACAGGAACCCACACUCUUCCGAGAACAAGGAGCGACCGGGCUCGAACCAGGUACCUGCGGAACAAGUAGGCACGUGCCCACAGACCCACCCAUCUACGACCCCCCAAUGAAAAAAGCAGAAGUAA